UUUUGUGUAGGCAAAAAGCUAUUAACUUCCCGGCCUCUUUGUAACCGACUUAAAAGAAAAGAUUCUAGCACUAAAUAGGUAGAACCAGUCCCGAAAUUCAAGUACUAUCACGUAUUAUUACUUUUAGGUUAUUGCAUUGCUUCUCAUGAUAACGCCUUUCGUUGUGCGGGGGACCACCGUGAUGCACUGUUUAGCCGUUGCCCCGACCCUGGUUUUAUCAGUAAUAUUCGUCGUGCUUUACCUAGUGGACCAAGUGCACGAUCUAGCAGAACAAUUAUACAUAACAUUCCAAUUAAUACUAUCAAUCGUCGCGUUUUUUUUCGCGUUUAUCACGGCGAGCCCGCCUGGAGCACUGUAUGGACUGUUCUACUGUCACCUCGUCAUAGCACUCGCUAUAGACCUAUUCUAUAUUAUCAAAGAGCGUGGUUUCGCUUUAUUUAGAUAGACCUGACAAGUGUUUUAUGAAUAAAAGGCUCUAUAAAGCACGUUUCCUCGUAUUAUUAUGUAGUUUACAAGUAACAAAUAUUGUCUGUGAUUGUCGUGCGAGUAAUAGGUAGUGGCACUCCUUCUCAAUGUAAUCCCUCAUGUUGUGGAGCCAGUGGAGCCGGUCCACUGCCUGGUCGCGGCGCCCACGCUCAUGCUGUCCCUUUAUAUAAUGCUGCUCUAUGUCGUCGACCAAGUGCAGAACGAGGCAGAGUUUUACUAUGUCGUUAUCGAACUCCUUCUAACGGUUUUCGCGCUCAUAUUUGUACUCAUGACUGGAAAAAUGACCGGAGCCAUUUACGCGCUGUUCUAUGUUGAUUUGAUUGUAGCUUUCUCAAUGGAUCUCUACUAUAUGAAAAAAGAAAGAGGCUUCCGUUUUUGAUUCAUUAAAGUUUGUGAUAUACUAAAUGUUUCAUUGUUGUUAACUUUUCUUGCAAGUUAAUCGUUUUGUUAUUAAGAAAUAUGAGUGAAUAAUAGGUACCUACUUGAAUAAUUUUACACAAAAAUACAUAAAAAAAGUGCUAUGUAUGAUACUAAAGUACAAAUCUAUUUUAUAAACUUCUACAAAAGUAACGUAACUUUUAUCGUAAGUCAUAACCAGUGCCAAAGAUAGUGAUUAAAAAUGUCAGUGAUACAAUAUUUCCGACAAAUUAUUGUGUUCAUAUUUAGAAGGAUGAUAAGACUCGUUGUCCGCAAAUCCUUGUGGUCAUUUAUAGCUGCAGCAUUUAUCUACGCCAUAAUUAUUACAAUAUGGAGUUCCGAAGAAGAUAAUACGCAGUAUCUUGCUAUUAGUCUGAACAAAUCAAGACAGUAUGUACCAGAAUCAAAAAAUCCUCCUAUUGUUUGGUGGAACGCUGGAUAUCGACUGAUAGAUGAAACUAUAGAAUGUGCCGAGCAUAUCAAAUGCGACGCAUUUAGUAUGAACUACAAACUUCGAUCAAACACUGAAGGAGCAUAUUUAUUCUAUGCAAGUAGACUCAAUUUUACCGAUUUACCUCUUCCUAGAUAUCCAGAAAAGAUUAUUUGGGCUCUAAGUCACGAAGAAUCGCCGAGAAAUGUGGUGGAACUCUUGCACGAAACAGGCCUAAAUUUAUUUAAUUUUUCAUCUACUUUUAGCAGAUAUAGCAAUGUGCCAUUUACACUGCAAUACAUGGAAACUUUAGGGGCUAUAACAAAUAAGAAACAUUUCGUAGAAACAGGAGAGAAGAAUAAAUUCUCGGAUAAAAUUGCACCGGUAAUCUUCAUGAGUAGCAACUGCUACACGUUUUCAGACAGAGAAAAUUACGUAAAAGAACUUAUGAAGUACAUUCCAGUUGAUUCUUACGGGGAAUGCCUCAAUAAUAAGCAAUGGCCCACAGAUUUCCCGAAAGAUCAUCUGAAUAAUCUAGAUAACGCUGCAAUUCUAGACUUCGUCGCGAAGUACAAGUUUGCAAUAGCAAUAGAGAAUGGCGUUUGCGAAGACUACAUCACGGAAAAGUUUUGGCGACCAAUUAAUUUGGGAGUAGUGCCGAUUUACUUCGGAUCCCCUUCUAUUAAAGACUGGUUCCCGAACAACAAGUCUGCUAUCCUAAUCCAAGAUUUUGCAAGUCCGAAGUUAUUAAGCAAGCACCUAUAUGAGCUAAUGCGUAACGAUACUUUAUACGAAGAAUAUUUAGAGCAUAAAACUAAAGGACUGAUCUCUAACGAACGACUUCACAGCGAAAUAGAGGUAAGACCUUAUCAAACUGAUGUAUUGAAAACUUCCAUAGAAUUUGAAUGUUUUGUAUGUAAAAAUCUUCACGAACACAGAAGAAGACCAAAAAUUAAUAUUGUUACUAAAAGCCAUUAUAACUGUUCUAAACCCACAUCAGCACUCACAAAGGAACCAAUACAAAGCGAAAUGCCGUUUUGGGAAUACGCAAAGGUUAAUGCUGAACGAUUAUAUGAAAGAGUUCGGUCUGCGAAAUGAUUUAUUGGGAACAACUUUCCUGUGAUAAUAUAUGACAAAUAAUAAUAUUCUUAUACAUUUUAAUAAACAAGUUAAAUUUUA